ACAUAAAACAGAAAAUUCAAGUGGUUUAUCAAACCGAUCCUAAUUAUUCUUUUCAAUUAUCCAAACAAAAUCUUCACUUACACCACAAGCUCCAAAUUUUCUUGCCCAAUAAUUUUCUUUCCUUCCAAGCAAACAGCAACGAGUAAAAAACAAUAACAAUAAUUCAAACAUUCUUAUCUUCUCUGUUGUUAUAAAAGAAAAUUCAUUCCCUUGCUUUCUCUUUCUUUCUCAUGAUGAACAUUUGAGAAUUGAAAAUUAAUGUGGUUGGUGCUCAUUUUACAGAUUCAUAUAAUUUCCAGACGAAAUGAAGAAAUCAAAGAUUGUUUCAUGUCUCAGAAAAUUCCUUUCAUGCUCUGAUGGUGAACCACACGUUACAAGUCAUUCAGUAGACAUAGAUGUGAGGGAGGAGUACGCGAAUGCCUUCCGUACUGAAUCGUACAUCGACUUUUGGACCCGUGUUCUUGCCUUAAACAAUGGAGAUGACCUCACAACCCAACUUUCAGUAGAGUCCACAACCGCAACCCACCUUUCAUCUUAUAGACUAUUUGUCGAACAUCUACUUGACCCACCUCAAUCCACAAUUAAAAGAAUUCUAACUUCGCCCCAUCUUGGAGCCAAUUCUUGCUCCCUUCUCUUAGAUUACUUCUCUCACACGGCCAAUGCCUCUCUCUCAUGUAGUCAUUUAUUAAAACACAUCAACCACUUACGUCUCAAACUCCAUCCCUUAGAAAUCACCCUCCAAUCCUUAGAAAACAAAGAAAAAUUUCAUCAUGAGUCCCAUUUCAAACAACUCUUAAUUCGUUUGGUUGAAUUCUCCAACACCCGCAAUCCAUUUAUACCAUCUAUAGAACAGGUUCAAAUCAUUCAAAAUGGAUGCUCCAAAUUGUUAAAGCAACUUGAGUUUAGUCGCGACAAGGCUCAAACCAAGCUCAAGAGAGUUAGAUAUUUUCAACAUAGUUCAGCUGGCUUUUUGGUGGCUGUAACUGCAUCACUUACGGUAAUAAUCGUGACUCAUGGAAUUGCAUUAUUUGUUGCUGCACCUGGCUUUCUUGUGGGUGCUAUAAAGUUGGCUAAUCAAUUGAGGAAGCUAGUUAAGGAUGUUGCUCGACUUAAUAUUACUGCAAAAGGGACUUACACUUUAAAUAGAGAUUUCGAUACGAUUGGUAGGCUCGUGGCUCGACUCAAUCAUGAGCUCGAACAUAUGAGGGUGAUGGCAAGAUUUUGGCUUGAUAGAGGGGAAGAUAAACGUCGGGCCAUUGGUGAAUUAGUGCGACAAUUAAAUCAAAGUCAUGUGAACUUUAGCCACCAAUUGGAUGAGCUUGAGGAGCAUUUGUAUUUGUGUUUUAUGACCAUAAAUAGAGCUAGAAAUCUUGUAGUGAAAGAGAUUUUGGAUUCGGGUCAACCUAUAAAGAUUUCGUAUUUAUGAUCAUAGAAAUAGGAAAGAAGAAGCC